GCUCAGAGCUCUUCCCCACGCAGAAUGCCUGCUCGUCCGAGGGCUCGGCUUCCAUUGUCUGAUUUUCUCACCGUGGCUGGGGAAAGGGAAGAUUUCAAGGGCUUCCUUCAGAACUCCCGUUGGAUGCAGCUUUAGCUGCUGAUGGUGUUUCUUGGCUAGCUGCUGUGGUCUGAGGAUCUGCUAUGCGUCUGUGGUUUCUCGGAGCUGCCGGAGAGUCUGAGGUUGGGGGAAUCAGAGUCUUUGGGAUCCGCCCACGAUCUCGACCUCUGUGCUUCGCCUGCAAUGCUACCUGCGGGUCUGCGAUGCCCGGGACCUGCCAGUGAUCUCUAGAACCUUUCGGGACACCAGAAGGCUCAGACAACUCUGCCUGAGGAUUGGAAUCUAUUUGAGGUUUCUCCGAUCUAGUGGAUCUUACUUGGGCCAGGAGCGCUGUCUGUUAGCUGCUUUUCCUGCUCUCUCUCCUGGGAGGCGAAUCCUUGAGCCAGAGAUGGCAGCCACCCUGCUCAUGGCUGGGUCCCAGGCACCAGUGACAUUUGAAGAUAUGGCCAUGUAUCUCACCAGGGAAGAAUGGAGACCUCUAGACCCUACACAAAGAGACCUUUACAGGGAUGUUAUGCAGGAGAAUUACGGAAAUGUUGUCUCAUUAGAUUUUGAAAUCAGGAGUGAGAAUGAUGUGAAUCCAAAGCAAGAGCUUAGUGAAGAUGUAGAAUUUGGGAGUACAUCUGAAAGACCUGUUGGCAAUACUGAAGAAAACCCUGACAGUGAAGAGACCUUUGAAAACAGGGAUAGAACUGAAAGACAAUGGGGAGAUUUAACAGCAGAAGAGUGGGUAAGCUAUCCUCUCCAGCAAGUUACUGAUUUACUUGUCCACAAAGAAGUCCACACAGGCAUCCGGUAUCAUAUAUGUUCUCACUGUGGAAAAGCUUUCAGUCAGAUUUCGGACCUUAAUCGACAUCAGAAAACCCACACUGGAGAUAGACCCUAUAAGUGUUAUGAAUGUGGAAAGGGUUUCAGUCGAAGCUCACACCUUAUUCAGCAUCAGAGAACACACACUGGGGAAAGACCUUAUGAUUGUAAUGAGUGUGGGAAAAGUUUUGGAAGAAGCUCUCACCUCAUUCAGCACCAGACAAUUCACACUGGAGAAAAGCCUCAUAAAUGUAAUGAAUGUGGAAAAAGUUUCUGCCGGCUCUCUCACCUAAUCCAGCAUCAAAGGACCCACAGUGGGGAGAAACCCUAUGAGUGUGAGGAAUGUGGGAAAAGCUUCAGCCGGAGCUCUCACCUAGCUCAGCAUCAAAGGACCCAUACGGGUGAGAAACCUUACGAGUGUAAUGAAUGUGGCAGAGGCUUCAGCGAGAGAUCUGAUCUCAUCAAACAUUAUCGAGUUCAUACUGGUGAGAGGCCCUACAAGUGUGAUGAGUGUGGGAAGAAUUUCAGUCAAAACUCUGACCUUGUGCGCCAUCGCAGAGCCCACACAGGAGAAAAGCCAUAUCACUGUAAUGAGUGUGGGGAGAAUUUUAGCCGCAUCUCACACUUAGUUCAGCACCAGAGAACUCACACUGGGGAAAAGCCAUAUGAAUGUAAUGCUUGUGGGAAAAGCUUUAGCCGGAGCUCUCAUCUCAUAACACACCAGAAAAUUCACACUGGAGAGAAACCCUAUGAGUGCAAUGAGUGUUGGAGAAGUUUUGGUGAAAGAUCAGAUCUAAUUAAACACCAGAGAACCCAUACUGGAGAGAAACCCUAUGAAUGUGUGCAGUGUGGAAAAGGUUUCACCCAAAGCUCCAACCUCAUCACACAUCAACGAGUUCAUACAGGAGAGAAACCUUAUGAAUGUACUGAGUGUGAGAAGAGUUUUAGCCGAAGUUCAGCUCUUAUUAAACAUAAGAGAGUUCACACAGACUAAAUCCUUAUAAGAAUGAUGACUGGGAAAUGAUUCCUUUGAAGGUACAAUUUUAUUUGAUAUCAAAAAACUAUUUUGAAAUUGAGCUGCUUUUACCAUAUUGAAUUUCCUGGUCUUGUGCCAAGGUUUAAAUCAUCAAAGAAAAGAAGCCAUUUGAAGUUCUAAUCCACAACUUUGGAAAUGGUAUCCCCACCUCUAACAAGUGAUUUUUAUUAUUCAGUAUUGAUAAAUUACUCCAUCAAAAUCAACCUCUUUUGUAACUGGAAAUCUGAAGACCAGGCAAUAAAUGCUAAUAAAUGCUCUGGCUAGAAAUGAAGUAAACCUUUCAAAAUUGUUUCUCUCAUCCUUGCCCAAAGAACUUUGCUAGGGAAAAUGUUCAAAUGUAAUAGGAUGGUCAAAGCUGUUUUCCAGAGACUGCCUGAAUUGCCACACCUAUUCACUCUCUAUAGUACUGAUUGCAUACAUCUCCUUCAGAGCUUUUUCCCUGAAAUGCUCAUGCACCUGUAUCUUUACAUAUUUCUGAGAGCAGGAGUCUACACAGUGAAGGCAAUGAUCAUAACUUUUCUCAUUGUUUCUAAUUACACUUUUAAUGCUUGAAUCUUUGUAAAAGCUAUCUGAAGAUACAAAUUGGAUGGAAAAGCGAGACACAGGCUUGGGGACCAUGGACUCAUCAACAAGAUGAUCAUCUCUUUAGCAAGAGAUGCCCACUGUAUUAAUUGGAAGUUAUUAAUUUUCUUUGGAGAUUACUGUAGGAAAGUCUCUCCAAGGAAAGAUAAGACCAUAAGU